UCGCGUCGGCCGGACGUGAAUCGGUUUUUUAACUAGUAAAAGUGCUGCGUGAAGUGCGGUUGUUUAAAUAAAAUUGCCGACAUGGUGUUAACAGAGCAAACGGAUUUAAGGACCGGCGACCUAAUCUACGGUGAAAAUAUGAUGGACGACCCAAUGAAGGAGUCUCAAAUUCAGAAACUCUUCAACGGUUCUACAGUGCUAAUUACUGGAGGUACUGGCUUCUUGGGGAAACUUCUAGUUGAAAAACUAUUGAGAUCAUGCCCGGAUGUAAAGAAGCUUUAUCUUAUCGCACGGCCAAAGAAAAAUAAGGAAAUUACAAAAAGGCUACAAGAGCAAUUCGAUGAUGAGCUCUACAACAAGUUAAGGAAGGUGUCACCGGACUUCGAAGAAAAAAUUGGUAUCAUCGAAGGUGAUGUGGGUCUGACAGGCCUGGGGGUCAGUGAAGAGGACAGAGCAAAGAUAACUAAAGAGGUGGAAUUCAUCUUUCACGGUGCAGCCACAGUGCGUUUUGACGAAGCGUUAAAAACAGCUGUGGAGAUCAAUGUACGGGGUACGAGAGAAAUGCUACAUUUGGCUCGUGCUUGUACCAAACUACGUGCUUAUGUACACAUUUCAACGGCUUACAGUAAUUGCCCGUUAAACGAAAUUGACGAGAAGUUCUACGAGGCUCCAUUAGCUGGUGACAAAUUAAUCGACCUCGUCGAGAAUAUGGAUGUGAAAAUACUCAACAGCAUUACUCCUGGAUUGCUAGGCGAGUUCCCGAACACAUACGCGUACACCAAGUCGGCAGCUGAAGAUAUAGUACAGAAAUACUCAAAGGGACUGCCUGUGGCUAUGUUCAGGCCAUCUAUAGUCAUUGGAACAGCGAGGGAGCCACUACAAGGGUGGAUCGACAAUGUUUACGGUCCCACUGGGGUGGUAGUAGGUGCGGCAGUGGGCCUCAUACACGCUCUGAACUGCAACCCCAAGGCGAUCGCUGAUUUAGUACCUGGGGACCUGGUCGUUAACGGCUGUAUUGCAGCUGCGUGGAAGACAGCUAGAGACUACCCUGGGAAUCAUGAGGAAGCUCCCGUGGACCAGCUACCAACGAUUUAUAAUUAUGUGUCCUCAGAACAAGCACCACUUUCUUGGGAAAACUUCAUGAAAUACAACGAAGUGCACGGAUUCGAAGUGCCGACAAUCUCAGCAAUCUGGUACUAUCUGUUUAUGAUAACUCCUUCGAAGUUCCUGUACAACUUUUACUGCCUAUUCCUUCAUUGGAUACCAGCUUACAUAGUAGACGCUGUUUUAGUUUUAAUUGGGAAGAAACCUAUGUUAAGAAAAGCCUACAAGAAAAUAGAAAAAUUCUCAGCGGUCAUAGGAUAUUUCGCCCUGAGGGAGUGGAAAUUCCAUAACAACAAUACCCAAAACCUACACAAAGAACUGUGCGAUGCUGACAAGGAUAUCUUCAACUGCGACAUGGGCUCGGUCGAUUGGAACGAAUAUUGUAAAGCAUAUAUCAAAGGCGUGAGGGUACAUCUGCUAAAAGACCCCCUGGACACGAUCCCACAAAGCAAGAGGAGGCAUUUCAGACUUAAGGUUUUACACUACUUCUGCAUCAGUUUACUCUGUUUUGGUUUAGUAAAAUUAUUAAUGUUCUUAACAAGAAUGGUUUUAGGUUAAAUAGGUUAAUUAUACAAUUGUUAAGUUAAAUGGACUGUGUUUUUAAGAAUACAUAAGGCUAUUGGGUAUAUUGGUCGGACUUGGCCAUUAGCGUUAACACCUGAUCGUAGUCGUUACUUAAGUCCGCCGACCCGCAUAGGAGCAGCACGGUGGGUCCAUGCUCUAUAUAAGAGAGAGGGAUAGUACCCAGCAGUGGGAAAUCUAUUAGUCUGAUGAUGAUAGAAGAACUUAAAGUUGGCUUCAUUCACCUUUAUCUUUUGGGUGUUUUAAUUUAACUAUGUAGGCUAUGUUUUUUUUUUAUUUUGUUGAAUUUCAAUUAUUAAAUCGUAGCAAAUAAGACACUCAGAACAUUAAGUAUUUUUUAUGGAAUAAAGUUUUUUUAGGAACCUUAUUAACUUGUUCUUCGCGAAUUUUCAACAAUUUCAUAGACAGAACAUAUUUGUGCAAUGAACUGGAAUAUAAUCGAUGAUUUUAAUUCUAAAAUCCAAUCAAAUUACUAUGUGAAUACUAUUUUUAUAUAAUAAAAAAAAUGAUUCUUUUUAAACGAAUAAUUGUCUCAAUCGUAAACAUUGCUAAGCGCAAUUUAUUGUCUUCUUCUUUUGAUUCUCAAGCAGUAACUUAGAGACGGAUAGAGAGAAAAGAUUAUGAAUAAUAAACCAGCUAUACAAAGUUUUUUAGUCCGACCCAAAGAGUAUAGCUACAAACUAGCACUUUACCAAGUGUAAAUAGAUAAAUAUAGACCCUAUGCUUUUAAUACAUAGAAAUCAAAUACUGAUGACGUAUUUAUCUAAUAAAAUUUCUGGCUAGUAUAAUUAUGGAUACGGCUUGUGUAAAUAUUUUUAUAAAAAAUCAGGUUUUAUAGCUUGAUUAUCGUAUAAUUAUGAGCCAUGUUUCACGAAAUAAUUUUUAUUUCGUGAGAAUUAUUGUCAUAAGGGUGUGUACCUAUUAUAAGCUUUAAGCGAGACGCAUACAACCUGUUUCAUGUUUGCGUCCAGCGUGCGACCAAUCAUGUGUCUUGCCCUAAAUCGCGGUUCGUGUGAUUGGUCGCACGGUGGAUGCUAACUUGAGCGCCGCUAAGGACGCUGGCUGGACGUCACUGUUUGGCAUUAAGGAUAAGGCAAGUUUAACUUACCUCAUCCUUGUUAACGCAGGCGUGAAUAUCUUUUUUAUAGUAAAUAGUGUGCUCAAAUAGUAUUUAGUUAGUUGCCAUUGGAUAAGCUAAGUAAUUUUUAUUUAUAAAAUAAAAAAAAAAUGUUUUUUUUU